AUGCGGGGCAGUGUAGGGAAACGUGGGUCUGUCCAGAUCGGCAAAGACCCGGCGGAAUUCGAUCAGCGCCCAGGCGCGUCGGGGCACGACCGAACGGUAGCCUCCGCAUUCUCGGGGCUUUGGCGGCGGCAGUCGCAAUCACAAACACACGCAUCGAAAGGGGAGCCCAGUUUGCGAAAUGUGUCGGGGUGUCGACGGCUGUGUUUGCGGGAGUCGAUCGACCAGUGGUGCAGCUGCAGCCGGAAUUCAGAGACGGUGGGCUGCUCGCGGUGCGGAAGGAGGAUCGGGGUGGAGGAAUCGGGCAUCUGGAGCUUUGGGGGGAGACAGGCGUAG